AUGAGCAGCACGCCGCCAUCUCCAGAAGAACAAGGGCGAAAGAAGCUGUCAACAUGCUUGAUAGAGCCCACCCUAUUCCAAUUCAAACACUCGACAUUUGAGUAUGCUGUAUACAAACCAUCAUCCCGCUUCAAGAGAGAUUUCGAAAGCAUCUUCCCCUGCUUGAAUGUCAAACAACGCAACGAAUUACUGGUUGUGCCUGUUAUACAACAAUGCGAAUACGACAUGGUUGGCCUGACUAAAGAAGUGAACCAAGAGCGAGAUGUUAAGCUCGAACUAUUUGUUUCAUGGGGGAAAGCAGUUGUAGACAGGAUCAAAUCCAUAGGCAUGUGGGCAGACAUCAUGGAUCCAGCAUCAGGCUUCCCCAUCUUUUCAGAGGCUGGACCAAGUCCAUAUCCAGAUGUACAAGGCACUCAAAUGCUUUCCAGUAGGUUCUAUGUGCAGAAUAUUGGCUGUUGUCAUAUUCUGUUCCACCCAACAUGGCAGAGCCACAUCUAUCCAUCCACUUUGUUUACGACUGCUCCUGCUGACAUCUUGCAAAAAGUGAUUUUGGAGGUGCUGGGUAAAUAA